CCCCGCCGGCCAUCUUCCGCCGAGGCCUUCCUGCUUUUCAACCGGCGCCUCCUUUCCCCUCAGCCUCCGCCGCCACCGCGGCUCAGCUUCUACAAGUUUCCCUUGCACAGCCCUGAGCGCCUCCAGCAAUGGCUGUCCCAAAUGAACCAAGAGAAGUGGGUCCCCACCAAACACGAGCACUUAUGCAGUGAGCAUUUUGCCCCCUCCUGCUUUGAAUACCGGUGGGGAGUUCGCUAUCUGAAGCCCGAUGCCGUUCCCACCAUCUUCCAGAGGUCGGACAGCUCACUGAAGAGGGAGAACCCUGCCCAGCUGGCUCCAAACAUGCCCGCCAAGAAGCUCAUGCUCGAGUGCAGUGGAGGGAAGGGCAUCCCAGCUCCGCAAACCUCAAGCUGCCAGGAGCCCAACGCAGUGGAGACGCUUGCCAUAGCCAUAGACCCCAGCGUGGCCACCACCCCGGUCUAUGUGGAAGCCCAGUCUUCUGCCUCCAGCCUGGACUUCCACGCCCUCUCAGGACCCCUGGUUGGGGCCGUGAACCUGGUUCCUCUGGUCCAAAUCGUGGAGCCCCUCAAAGCCGUGACCCUGGCUGUGGCUUCGCCAGCGAGGGCCGUCUCGGGCCAGUCUUUGCAGGAGCCCCUGGAACAACAGGUGGUCGACUUUGUGGCCGCCCUGCCGCCCUCCACCCUAGGAGCCAUGCCAAGCUCUUCCAUAGGGCUCUCUGGGCAAUUUUGUACCGAAGUGGCCUUGCCCUGUGAAGUGGUGGCAGCAGGUGACCAGCCCCCACUACGGGCCGUGGUGGCAGAGCAGGCAGCGGUGGCUGAGCAAGGGGCCCUGGUCAUUGAGAAUGUCUCCAUUGAGCCGUUUCUGGAGGGCGGCCCCUCUGCAGCUGUCCCAGUCCUGAGCGCCUUGCAAGAGUCCACCACUGCUGAGAUGGUGGCCUAUUUUGAGACCAUCCCCACAGCUCCCAUCACCGCAGCUGCCUCUUCUGGCGUGACUCCCCCCGAGACCGUGUUGUCCUCGGCCCUCAGCCUGCCCAUAGUCUCCACCCUCCCCAUCGUUUCCAACCAAGCCUCUCCAGAGGCCUCCUCCUCGACUGAAGAGGUGAAGCUAGACGAGCUGAGCUCCGCUGAAUCUUUGGAGGAGCAACUGGAGGAGCAUCGGUACCACAAGAACGAGGGGACGACAGCCGAGUUGGUGGAAGUGGUGAUGGGGCUCCAGAAGAAGGUGAAGGUGCUCCAGCAGAGGCACCGCCGACACUGUGCCAAACUGGAAGCCAUGGAAAGCGUAGUGGAACAGCUCAGGAAGGAGAACUUGGUGUCGGAAGAAAAGCUGAAGCUCCUGGAGAUGGCGUGCCUGCAGUCCAGCACUUUUAUGCCAGAGAGUGGUGGCGCAGUUGCCAUUAUCUGCCAGGACAGAGACCAAGCGUUGGUCUACGCCGUUCCUCAGCUCCCCAGCGAAGGAAAUGAAACCAUCCUUCACGUAGAAGAGCAGUGACCCAGGACUGAAGGAGGGCAACUGAGGACAAGUCUUUCUGCAUCUGGCUGGGCCAAGAGCCCUUCCUGGGAAGGGCGCAGAGCCUGCCCCUUCAGCCCUGAGGAACGCAGGCCCAGCCAAGCGGAGCCUCUGCCGAGUUUGACCGCGUCUCGGUGGCCUUACUGCUGCAGCACCUUAUCUUCUGGGAGAGGUUUGGGGGUGUUUUUCUCCCUGUCUGAGAUAAUUAUAUAUAAAAUCAUCCUGUUGGGAAAUGAACUGGCA